AUGUUCCGGAGAAAAAAAGGGCAGUUCUUAGUCCCAGGACCAAACUACCAGUGGUGCAUUGAUGGCCAUGACAAGCUCAAAGCAUACGGUUUCGAGAUAUACGCAGCAAUUGACGCAUAUUCCCGCAACAUCAUUUGGUUCUACGUUGGGCAUACGGCCACAACUGCUCUGAGCGUAUUGAAGCAGUACUUGGCGGCAUGUGGCGCCUACGGCUUGCGGCCGUGGUUUCUGCAAGCCGACAGGGGCAGCGAAACCCCACUGGCCGCCGCAGCCCACUGGAACUUUGUCUUGAGGUCCGAAGGGAGAAUAGAGUGGCAUGGGCAAGUGUUUCAGCAAGGGAAACUGCUCAAAGACUCGUAUAAAGCAGCCCCCAGUACGAAAAAUGUCAAGAUUGAGAGCUGGUGGGAGAGAAUGCUGCACGUCUCGUCCCGGCAAUGGGUCGAGUACUUUGGAGAGCUCGCGAGAGACGGAGAUUUCGACGGCGAUAUGCUUGAGGACCAAAUUGCCCUCUACGCCGUCUACGAGGACAUUCUGCGUCAAGAACUUUUCGAUUUCGUGGAAGCCUGGAACAUACAUCGGAUACGUCUUCAGAAGAACCGGCCGCACGUCGUUCACGGCCAGCCCUGGAUGAACUAUCAUUAUCCUGACCCGCAAAAGGCGUGUAAUUGGGGUAUCCCCAUUGAUCGAACUGUUCUGACCGACAUGGAGCGUCCCUUAUCAGACAUUGAUAUCAAUUCGUGUUUGGAGCCAGAGACCAAGAACUGGUGUCGUCAGCUUCUCACUGAAAUGGAUUUUGAUCAGGUCGCUCUUGGGUCGAGCCGAGACCCGGACAAGCUGCGGCCUUUCCGGCGCUUCUAUCUCGCCCUCCGGGACCAAAUCAUUCGGCAUAUCGAAAGCGGCCAACAGCCUGUGUUGUCUUAUCGCCGCGCACCGACUGGGGGCGUCGCGGAAUACGAAUCACUGCUGGAGCGGGCAGCCCAAGCUCGCGAGGAUGAGCUGGGAGAUGGUGACGCAGCAGAACAGCCGAUCAUUGAAACAAGUGUCGAGGAUGAGCAAGGAGAUGACAUUGAGGAAAUAAGCGACGACGAUGCCGACAGCGAUAGCUCCGAUGGGUUGUCUGCAUAG